AUGGAACGCUGGGAAAAUAAAGUUGCUGUGGUGACAGGUGCUAGUGCCGGUAUUGGAGCAGCAAUCGCUGCGGAUUUAGUGAAAAAUGGAUUUAUUGUUGUUGCCUUGGCCCGACGUGAGGAACGUCUUCGAGAGAAUCAACGGACUCUUCCUGAAAAUCUGCAAUCUCGGUACCAUCCCAGAAGAUGUGAUGUUACUAAUGAAGAUCAAGUAAAGGAUACCUUCGCCUGGAUCGAAACGAAAUUUGGAGGAACUGACAUACUUGUCAACAAUGCCGGUGUUGUAGCUAGAGACGUGCAGCUAUCAGGCGUAGAUAAUACCGCGCCCAUUCGGAAUAUUGUGGAGACGAAUAUUAUGAGCGUUGUCUAUUGUGUACGGGAAGCUUUCAAUUCAAUGAAAAAGCGGAACUUCGACGGGCAUAUUGUGAUCAUAAAUAGCAUCGUUGGACAUUACAUCCCCGUGGUGCCUACAGGCUCAAUGAAUAUCUAUCCUGCUUCUAAGUUUGCGGUGACCGCAAUGGUUGAGACCUAUCGUCAGGAAUUUGCAAACGCUGGGACGAAAGUGAAAGUUACGAGUAUCAGCCCUGGCGGUGUCUUAACCGAAAUAAUACCGGAUAUGGGAGCUCUUAGAGACACGGGUCACCCACUGUUGAACGCUGAAGAUAUAUCUAAUGCCGUCCUAUAUGUGUUGAGUACCCCUCCUCAUGUCCAGGUUCACGAAUUGACUAUAAAACCUAUUGGGGAGAAAAUGUGAGCAAUUAGCACAGAUGUUUAUAUGAGUUGUAAAUUUAAACACAUAAUAAAGUGGUCCAUUUAUUACGAAUUUUUUGUAAAAA